CCGCUUUCAUACAUCACUGAAUACCGUGGAUAUAGUUAGCCGAAGUUACGACUGAACAUUUGAUUGAUAAAACGGUGCUCGGCUCUCUGCCAAAUGUUUUAAGUUAGCUACGAGGAAAAUAUAUAAUUUGUUUCCAGAAGCAGCUCAUUCAAUUGUAUAUAUUACGGUUCCGAUUUUCUAAUGUCGUUGUGAGAAGUGGUGGACGUCAAAAUAUGGAGUUUCUAUGGAUUUGGCCUUUCCUUGCAGGUUUUUCAGUAUUUGCUUGGGCACAGAAUAAGGGACCGAAUGAAAAGAAAGAAAAAAGGACAGACUUGCUGAUGCGUAUUCUUAGUUACAAAGAUUUGGAGAACCCGCCAAACUACGAUUCUGAUAAAAUCACAGUCAUCGAGGCUGACUUGAACGUAAACAGUUUUGAUUCCAUCAAUGAGGCAAACAUGGAUUUCAAGAUUUCUGUGAUGUUGCACCUGCGCUGGACCAAUAAUUUGAUCACUAACCAGUUCACCUCAGUCAAGAGCACUUUGGAUUAUGUGGAGCUGGACGCCACGAAGAUGGGGCGUCUGUGGGUCCCCGAUUUAUACUUUCCCAACGAAAAACGAUCGAACUUUUUUAACGUGAUGACGGACAAUAAGAUGAUGAGGUUACACCGAAAUGGAACUAUAGACUACACAACCAGGAUAUCGCUAACGCUUUCUUGUCCUAUGAAGUUAGAGAGGUUUCCAUUUGACAAACAAACAUGUUCCAUUAAGAUAGAAAGCUUUGGUUACACGACCAGCAGUAUACAGCUUAGAUGGUCCAACAUUUCCGAAAAUGCUGUAGCUCUGAACCAGACCGACCUGCCGCAAUUUGAAAUCACGGGGAGGAACUACUCACAUCGCGAGAGAACCCAUCGAUUUAGAGGAAAUUUCAGUUACCUUCAGGCCGAUUUUCAUCUAGAGCGCAACAUAGGCUAUUACAUGAUACAAAUGUACAUUCCCAGCCUCCUGAUUGUUUUACUAUCCUGGGUCUCUUUCUGGCUCAAUGUCAACUCAGUACCAGCCCGAAUUUCCUUAGGAGUUCUCUCGGUUCUAACAAUCACUACCCAGAGUUCUGCUGUGAAUGCGUCACUUCCCCGCGUUUCUUACAUCAAGGCCAUCGACAUCUGGAUGACGACAUGUCUGGUGUUUGUAUUUGCGGCCCUGAUUGAGUUCUCAGUUGCCAAUGUACUGAGUCGUAAUAACAGCUCGGAAAAAGAAUUUCUGCAGAGCAUUUUUCGCAUGACUAAAAUCGGUCGAAUAGAAAAAGAAAAGAAUGGUAAUGACGUAACGAAAGGCCUUCGGCAUCGUCGACAGAGUCAGAUAGACGCUGAAAAGAAAGAUCUCAUCGUAAACGAGUAUGGUAAUGUUAAUCUAAAGCCAGAAGCCAAAGAGAAGACAGAAAAACUCCAACAAAACAAGGGUCUGGUCUACGCUUCCUAUCUGGAUGUCACGUGCAGGGUCCUUUUUCCAACGAUAUUUAUAAUCUUUAACAUCGUCUACUGGGUGUAUUUCUGGAAAUUAACCGUCAACUGAUCAUUAUCAUUCCCUGCAUAGCUAUGUCCAAAAAAAACCGACUAUUAGUUGUUGUCGAUACGACCUACCCUAUAUCAAUUGUUAAAACUUAUCAGGUGUCAUUGUUAUAUAGUUUAUUCAAUUCUCGGAUUACUUUCUAAACAUUGAUUUUGAUGUAUUUUCGUAUGAUGUAUAUUGGGUUCGUUUCAAGUAUUGUACACAUGUAUAAACAAUAUUUGAAAAAGAUGUUGCUUUUCAUCCUCAUCAUCCGUCCGUGAAUUUAGUGGGGUUUCUGUUUUGUUCUUACCAUGCACUUCUCGCACCAUUUCUUGAUUUCAUACGACAUCAUAUGGAACUAGACCUAAAUUGAAAUGUUGUUUGUUUUCUGUUUGCGACCCUUUAUUUUGUCCUAUAAGUAGCUAAGUGGGUAGAAAUAUAUUUUCAUUGGUGGGGCGGCGGCUACAAAACGGUGAUAUUUUUAAUGACUAGAUCCAUCUUGCCAAGACUAUUUUGUUUAGGUAAAGAGCGUACACAAUUUUCAUUUUAAAAUGCAGGAAAAGGUUCGUCUUUGAAAUGAUUUAGUAAUUCUAAAGAUACAAUAAUGAAAACAAUUAAAUUCAGUCAGUUUAUCUUUUUGGGUCGGUCAAUAAUUGAAAACAAAACAAAAUUUUGAUUAAGGCUCCAUCCAAACAAGGUACAUUAUUGGAAGUAAAGAAUACUCGAUGCCACACAUUAACUAAACAUAUGCCAUAUCAAUUAGUACUGUUUAGGACUGUGAUCAUGUGCAAUACUUGUAGUAUUUCUAAAUGAUUUUGUUAUUGUCGACUUCUACAUGUACAUGUAACGAUCACUUGAUGAACAUGUUCACUGAGGCCUCCGUGUGUUACUGUGUGAUCACUAACACGUGGUUUUUGUUUUGUUUUGCGGUACUAACACUCUACUCGCUGUGAAGUACAUGUGUAUUGGACUGUUAUACAUUGUGAUUCCACUGGUUUUCAGUAUUGUUACAAAAUAAAAAUUAAAAAAUUCGA